AUGUACGAUUUAACGGAACGCGUAUUUCUUGUGAAAACGUAUUACUCGACUAAUCAUAACCUCGCUCAAACUCUGACCUCUUACGGUAAGAGUUUUAAUGUUCAUCGUCGAAAAUUGCCCAAAAAAAGUGUAAUCUUACGUCUCGUGAAGAGGUUCGAACAAACCGGUAGCGUUCUCGAUGAUAGAGUUGGAAAAUGUGGCGCGAAACGAACUGCGCGCACGCCGCAAAACAUCGAGCAGUUGCAAGAGAGAGUCCGCGCCAAUCCCCGCACCAGUCUGACUCGUUUAGCUCAGGAGAUCGGGGUGUCGUCUUCGACCACGUACCGAAUGAUGACGGAAGACAUCGACAUGUUCCCCUACAAAAUCCAGAUGCUUCAAACGCUUUCCCCUCUCAACGAAGAGAAACGGCUCGCAUUUGCAACGACCUUCGGCGCGUAUCUCAGUCAGAAGCGCGGUAAUCUUCCAUACAUAUGGUUCAGCGACGAAGCACAUUUCUGGCUAAACGGGUAUGUCAACAAACAAAACUGCCGUAUUUGGAGUACUGAAAAUCCACACGAGUAUGAAACGACCACGUUGCAUCCACAACGCGCAGAUCUUUAA